CAUGACGUUCGAGCUGGUAACAAUAGGCCCUCAUUCAAUUCUCUGCUCAAACAAUUAUAGUAAAUUGUCGAGUGCAGUAAAAAUCAUCGAAGCGAGGCAAAAACUCCGAGUCAGUGUCUUCAUCGUGUGUACUCGGACUGUUCAGGUAAAGCGGCAUACCGAUAUACCGGCCGAGCUGGACUACUCGGCGUGGCAAUGACAGUACCAUGUAAACACUGACCGAGUCAGUCUCAAAUUGUCGGUAAAAUCUAACUAAAUCUUCUACUAAAGUCAGCGUUAAUACACAGUGGUGCAGUUCACCUUUCGCCUCGCAUGAGGUGUAUUCCGUUUCAUACUAUGACCCGACAGACGGUAGUUUAUAGCCGACUGCCUUCCUCAACUUCCUGAAACCCCCGUAUCGAUGAAUGGAUUAGCCCGAAAAUUGGAAAGCGUGCCGUUGUAUGCUAGCUGUAGCCAUAGGCAGAGUGGCCGACUCUCGGUGGUAGGACGGCCAUACCGAACUGUGUGUACUAGACUUUAGCAAAUCGAGUGACGCUGUCAGCUGAUCAGCAAAUACUAAAGUCGAGGAACAGAGACAAUGGUGCAGAUAUAGUGUGUGGGGUAGUGACAGUCGAGUUGGAGGCACUGUCAAGGUGGAGUCCGGGCCAGGUUUGACAGGGGCGCUGUUUAUAUGUGGAGCAGUACUAUGUGUUACUGGUUUUACCCUAAGUAGUGAUCGGCCGGUGGAUUCUAUAUACAUAUAUCUCAACGGGACCAGCAUCGUCUCAUAAAAACCUCACAGUGCAGGCGGUGGAUAGCAUGGGGGAUUUGUCAUCCCCUAAAAGGCGGGAAGUUUUUGAUCGUCUGCGAAGGAGAUACGAAUUUUAUCGCCGCCAUCAAAACGGGUCAUUGAGGAGAUUCGAAAACACAAUAAACGGUUUGUACGAACAACAACGCCAAGACACUGUUUUACUACACCAAAGAUGGCUGGAGAGCAGGGCUAAGAAAGUAUCCAAGCAGUCCAAGGCGAGCAAAGAGUCCAGCGCCGGACACGGGACUGACCCCCGUAACCUCGUAGUAACGCAACGUCUGAAGAAGAAGAUCGACAGCAGCCAGACUGAGAACCCUCCUCAGGAUACGAGCGCGUUCGACUUUGACGACAACGACACCACUACAACAAAAAAGACCGUAAACGCCGGAUCUCAGGGCCUCGACGUCUCCGUACAUAUCGUCCAGCAGAUCAGUGGCAACCCACACCCAGACCAAAAAAUCCAGACAAAUGUGAACGUAAGCACCACAGUCAAAACACAUUACUCUUCCAGUGCUCCUCCCGAGCAGGGGAGUGCGCAGGCGUCAACGAACGUCGAGACUAGCACGAGCUUUGAGUGUAAACAGGAACCAGGAGUCGACGAUAUUCAAUGUGGUGGCUCCAAUCAGUCGGAUUCGAGUCAUAAUUCGUCGGAUAUUCUUAACCAAGCUGAGUUAGAUGACAUUCUGAACACAAUCGAUAACGGUGAUAGUGAGAUCAGUGACGAGUUGAUUGAGGAACUAAAAAAGUUCGAUCAAAUUUAUUCCAAAGUUUUACAAGAAGACAGUAAUGAUAGCCAGGACAAGAUGUAUAACAUGACUAGCACUUCUCCGGUGCUACAAAAGGGCCCGGGACCAUAUCCUGACGCGACCCCUACCGGGUAUGACACUAAUCAAAACUUGAACCCAGUCAGAACUCCCCCAAUGCCACAAAACUUUCGGUCACCUUUGAGUGAAACUGGGCCGGCCGCCGAGACUCUUAAACAAAUGGCGGCCCAACACCAAAGUCUGCAGCAAGAUGUGUACGGCAUGAAGACUAUUGAUGACACUUUUCCUCAAACAAAUACCAAUUACCGUCAAAAUGGCUACCCACCGAAUAUUAAUCACCAACAGCAUUUUUUAUCGCAGCAGACCGGGUAUCUAGGUCAGCAGCACAGUAUGAACAAUAUGCGCGGACCGGUACCGUACGGUCCGGGAAAGACCGAUUUGAGUUUGACGUAUGGCGGAACGAAACCCCUUUCACAUUACUCAACACCACAGGGUUCAUCGCAACCAGCAACACCUUCAUCAUUACAACAGCUACAGAACCAAGUACAGGCACACUUCGACCAGGGUUCUCAGAUGGAGAUCACUCAAACGCAACAAAUGCAGGUGUCUGACGGACCACAUCGCAUGCAAAUGUCACAGACACAACAACUUCAGAUGCGGCAGCCGCACCAGAUCGCCAUGUCGCAACAUCAGUCUUUUUCUAUGCCUGGUGGAAACAUGACGCCAAACCAAUCACAGUACAUGAAUGAACAAAUGAACAUGGAAAUGGUUGAAAAAAUGAGAAAACAGCAACAGCAGCAACAGCAACAGCAGCAACAACAACACCCAACACAGUCUCAACACCCCAAUCAACAACAGCAACAACAGCCGCAUCCUCCACAACCAUCUCGUCCUCAACAGCAACAGCAGCAUGCUCAGCAACAACAACGCUCACAGCAGCAACAGCAACAACAACAUACGCCACAACCGACAAUGAUGAACAGACAACAAGCUGCCCAAAUGCAGCAGUAUAUGGGUCGGCCCCCGCCGGAAUACAAGAUGCAGCAGUCGAGUCAGGGCGCACCCGAGGGCUAUACGCCAAACGGUGUGGGCUCAAACCCACUACAGACAAUGCAAAAUAUGGUGAACCAAACGAAUACCCUGCAAACGGCAGGGUAUGGACAGAUCAAAUCAGAGAAUAUGCAAGCUGCAGGGUAUGGACAAAUCAAAAGUGAAAACGGUUCGGUUCAAAUGCAUAAUGGAAUGAUGCAAAGUGCACAAAUAUCAACAUUACAGAGAAUGAACUCUGCCGGUUCGGCGGUGGGAAUGCCAGGCCCCGUUAGUGCGAGUCCGGUGCCGGGUGCUUCUGCGCCCUACACCGGUCAGCCGUCUGUACAGCGUCAACAGUCAUACCCGGGAACGCAGAUCAGUGCUCAGGAGACGCGACAACAGCGACCAGGGGGUACGACAUAUACCAGUGCAAUAAUGCGUAACCAAAGACCGCCAAACGUGAACGUAGGUCCUGAUGGCCUCAACAUAUCUCAGCCUCGCUCCCAGCACGAAUGGCCUCGCCAAAUGGUACCCGGCUCCCAGGGACCUCGGUUCGCGGGCCCGCCACACCAGGGCGGACCAGGUGCAAUGAGUCGACCUCAGAUGUCUGCCGCAGGUAUGAUGCAAUACGGCUCCUAUUCAAACCAGUGCGGUACAAUGAACUCAGUUGCCAGCAUGCAAAUGCAGAGACAAACGCGACCGAUGCAAAUGAGUGCGAUGCAGUCUCAACAGGCCGCAAUGAUGCAAGGUAACACUCAGCAAAUGAUGAUGCAACAACAGAAUAUGCAAAUUUCUCAACGGAUGAACAUUCGAGGGCCUAUGCCCGGCGCUUCCGGUACAAUGGCGCCAUCUAUGGACGCUAAUGCUGCUGGUUAUAACGCCACGGCUGGCGGCACGCACGCGCAUCAGGACGAUUUUAUAAAUUUAUUAGAUAGUGCACAGACCGGUAACUCUGACUUUAUCGACGGAAUAACGGUACAGAGUUCGGAUGGCAAUAAUGACGCCAAUUGGCUCGACGAAAUUCUCGGCGCAAAGUGAACGUUUAUUGGAGUUUGUGCUGCUAGAAGAAUAUCAUUUACGUAAUUUGAGAUAUGUUAAAUCAGGGCCACGUGUGAUGUUUUGUUGUCAUCGAAUACACGUUGUUUCCCCUGGCGUUCGCGGGAAGCUUGCACGUCGAGGGUUACAAUAUGGUGUGAGUUUUAUGCUAAAUGUGUAUUCGAUUGAUUACAUGCGACAGCUAACUACCUCGACGGGAGAAGUUUGGACAUUUAUGUGGAACAAGUCAUUUUAAGGUCAUAGUGUAUUUUUUAGUGUGACUUGGGUGUUGCAACAGCGCACCAAAGUAAAUUGGACGAAGCAUGUUCCAUAUCCUCACUUGAUAUGUGUGCUACGUUGUGCUGAAUACUAAAUUGUAUGUCGAGAUCUCGCAAAAAUAUUUUUAAUAACAAUUGUACAUCGUAUGUUUAAUGUCUUGUUCAUCCCCGAUCACCUUCACGAUGUACAGUGUUUUUAUAAGAUUAUUGCCUAAUGUCUCGUUUGUAGGCCUGUAGCCUCCUUUGUACAUACAGUGUUAGGACGGAUGAAGACGUUUGUUCUAUUAUAGUAUUCAUUUCCAAACACGUGGCUCUACAGCUCCGAACUCUGAGUCAUGGCAGUGAUUAUGUUAAUGUAGUUUUUCAUGACAUGGUAUUUUCAGGUACAUUUAACUCUUUAUACCAGUAUCAAUUUCCUUCUGUGUCGUUAAACCUCCUGAUUUACUCUCGCUCAACCUUUUCUAUCUUUCUACGUACUUUCCUUCUAGCAUUUCCUAAAAUUCACAACAAUUUUAUGGCUCAUUUAGCAGUUUAUCUUUCUUCCCUCUUCAAUAUAUGUGUUUUCCUACAAAUCUCAAAAAUCAUGACUGUUAUCAUAGUCUUGCUCUUUAAUACUAAUUUAGAUUACUCUCUCUUCCCUGUCACUUUGCAAGCUCAAAUUCAGGCGUGUAUGUGCAUUUGUGUUUGUGUGAGUGUGAUUUAUCUAAUUAAUUAUAUAUGAAAAAAUAAUCACGCAAUGUGUUUCCAAAAAUGUGUGACAGUUGGUAUUAGAAACAUUGUUUGGGUAAAGUGAUUUUAUUGACAAUCUUUGGGUACGUAUUUGUUGACUGUGAUGGAAGUUGACCAUACGUACGGACCAGGAGACGUGGGCUGUGGCCGCCGGGAAACAGGCUAUCCUUAUUUAUGUAUCGUGGGGCUGUGACGGUGAUCGUACCACUACGAUCGUCAAACCUUCACGCCUGGCUGGGCACGUCGGGGGUCUUCCGUGACAACAGUGAAUUAUUACUCAGCUUCGAGGUGUGCUUCGAUGUAGGGACAUACACACAAACAACAGAGCCUCUCGCCCGUCUAAAGUCAAGUGAUUUCCUACUGCAGGCGUGGUGACGUUUCAUCUCCAGACAACUUAAAAAUGUAGCUCUUUAAUUUUUUAUGUUUCAGUGGUAUUCUCGUGUUUCGUUUGAUUAUAUAUAUUUUAUACAGUCAACGAGUACAGAAGCGUGUCUGUGUAAAAGGUUAAACGUCUUUCCUGUAACGUCCAUGCGUGUUAUUCUGUAAAUACACGUGUGUGUAAUCAUGACAAUCGAACAAUAAUAACGGAAUGAUCACAUCGAUUUAUACCGGAAGGGGUUUAUGAUUUAACCGGAAGUAGCUCUGCAGUCAACGGGAGAAGUUGUACAAUGAAAUGCGUUGGCAGUAGAACACACAAACAGGGUUAGACGAGUGAUUUUGUUCGGUAUUAUAUUCUCUCUUGGGCUUGUAUGGGAUGGGUGGCUAUAGUUACACUUAAUUGACAUUGCAAAGUACUAAAUUCUCCACUUGCAGUACUAAAUCGUUCUAACAAGGUAUUACUAAUCUAACUGGAGGACAUUCAUUGGUACAAUUUGUGUUACCUUUUGUUCUAUUGACUUCAAAAUCGAAUUAGUGAGCGUGAUUUCUGUUCGAUUGAUAUUGAUGAGCAUAGCAAUAGCGUCAGGAGAAAUACUUCCACACCUUCCACUGUUAAAACGACCCCAAUCAAAGCCCGGCUGUAAUCCGUUGAUUCCAUGGGUAACUGUUAAUCAAAGGCUGUUAUUUGUCACCUAUUUUCGUAAGUUUGUAUAUUUUUAUGUGAAUAUUUUUCAUUAUUCAAAUAAAAAAGUGAUACCUUGCAUUUUAUAAACCCUUCCCAAUUAAGUUGUGUCCUCUCGUGUCGUUAACUUCCUUCCAUUGUGAUGCCGAGUUCCGCUCUGUAAUGGUAUGUGAAAGUGUGGGUGUAAUGACGGAAGUAAUCAUUGAUACUAGUUGUGUUGGAGUCGAAUGACGUCAUUAUCGAUCUUUGCAUUUCUAUACAAAUUUUAGUGAACAUGCACAGUUGUUUUAAAAGUUCCAUAUAUGUUCGGCAAAAUAUUAUUUCAAACAAAUAUUAUGUUUUAUUUUAUAAAUGUGAUUUAAAAUCAACUUGAAAAGAAUCUCAUUAACAGUAAAAACUAGUUUCCGAGCAUUAGGGAAAGUUAAGGAAUUUAGCUGUCCUACUAUGACCACUCCAUGACGACAAGUGUCUACAAAACCAUCACGUAAAACCCGCUUUCGGGGCUCACAGUAUUACCUAUAUUUUAAUAUAUACCUACCUAUUUUAUUUUGAUUUUAUGUAUUCAACUAUUUUUUUCUCCAUUUCACACAAAUCAUGUUAUACUGUAUAUAUACUUUGUGUGAGCUGUUUGACAAGACAGUUUGCUGUGUAUAUUUCCUAAUGAAAUAUUAUUUCAAACAAUGGGGUAUUCUUUGACAACAUCGGCAACUUAUUACUGACCUUAACUAGUUGAAGGUCGCUAACCUUGAAAUAUAUGCAAUCGACUAUACAGUACUGUUCUCAGGUAGACACCGGUUUACCUGUCGGGCACCUGUUUCAUCUAUUACACUCUGUAUUGAUUUCGUAUUUACAGAUAUUUUUUUUGAGUGUUUAUUUUACGCGAUUUUAGUAAAAAUGCAAUCUUGAAAAGAUAUCUAAAUUGUUACGAGAUAGAGAUAUAGAAAGUUAUCUUACUUUAACAAUAAACAAACCCUAUCUUGUUGUCAAAGAAUUAAACUUUCUUUAUCAUAUCACGAAAAUUCUCAAAUGUGUGACCUGUUUAAAACAAAAUGAUUUCUUGUGUUGAUUUUGAUUUUAACUGUAUUUAAUUUGUUCAUCAUUCAGUUUUUAAACAAGCUUGACGUCAUUUCCCCCUAUUACUGUGUCCAUUGUUAAAAUGCAAUUCAUGUUAAACCGUGGGACCAAAUAGUAUCACGAAUCGGAACAAGACAUUGUUUUCCUCUCUAUCUACCAAAACCUAUAUGUUACAAGUAAUGAAAGAAAUGUCCUCAUUUCCCACUGUCUCGUCCUCAGUUUAAAAAUAACAAAUAGUGUUGUACAAUUUGACUUUAUUUACAUCGUCGAAGUGUAUAGUAGGGACGAUGUAGCUGUUUACAAGCAGGGGUAGCUAAGUGAUAACCACAGCAACUGAACGCUGGUAAAAUAUCUCUGUUUAUGUCGCCAUCUCCUACAAACGUCAAUUUUCUUUCCUCCGUCAAGUCAGGACGAUAUAAUAUGUAAACCUUCAUUUCAUUAUACAUAUUUGUCUCUUUUUACACUAAAUGUUAGCGUUUCUUUUGAGAAGAUUACAUUUGUAUAAUGGAAGUCCAAUCCGAAGUUAAGGUAAAAUUAUUAAUAAGUAUUUUCCUGUACUUUGUAGUUUUAAGCGACAGUUUUCCCCAGUAAAUUUGGUAUUUUACUUUUUUAAACAGAAAUUGUCCGAAUGACAGAGGGGCCACAAUGAAGUUUUUGUUUGUCGUAAACAUUUUUUUUAAGGGGAUGGCGACACUUAUCCCGAGAACAAUGGGAGCUAACUCAGAGGAGGGGAGUUAACUCUCUAUCAGUCGUAUGGUAUUCGACAAGGAGACCGACUCUCUCCGAACAAUUUCUAUCUUCAGUAGAUUCAUUGUUAGCGGCACGUCAUCAUUAAGACAUAUGUAGAUAUACGAUGAAUAUUGUUAUACUUGCUACCAUUUUCACAGAAUUGAACUACUUAAUUUAAAGUUUUGUUAUGAUUUCAUUUUAUAUUUUUGCCACAAUUAACUGAACAAGACGAAUUUUCUGUUGUUAACUAUUGUAUUAUAAUACUGAUGUUGCUAUUAAAAUUUGAUGAAAAAGUUUCUAUUAAAAAUGAAUUUGAAGUUA